AUGUCCGAUCACGCGGAACUGGAAUGGACGGAUUACCUGACCCUUGCCAUUUAUCUAGUGAUUGUUCUGAUUGUGGGACUAUGGGCUACCCUCCGACCAGACCGUGGUACAACAACGGACUACUUUCUGGCAAGUCGUCACAUGACAUGGUUUCCGAUCGGAGCAUCGCUGUACGCCAGUAACAUCGGGGCGCACAUGUUUGUAGGAAUCCCGGCGUCUGGUGCAGAGUCUGGAAUGGCCAUCCUCAUAUACGAAUGGCACGUUGAGGUCCAGAGAUGUUUGGCCGCUAAGACCAUUACUCACGCUAAGGCAGGGGCUGUGUUUGCUGGAUUCCUAAAGCUGGUCGGGGCAUUUCUUUUCGUUAUCCCCGGUAUGAUUGCCAGAGCCUUAUUCCCUGAGAAUGUGGCGUGCGCCGAACCGUCUAAGUGCGAAGAAUUCUGUGACAACCCGACAGGUUGCUGGAACAUGGCUUACCCUCUGCUUAUGUCUCAGGUCUUGCCCGCAGGAUUACAAGGUCUGAUGCUGGCGGCCAUUUUAUCUGCCUUGAUGAGCACGUUGACGUCUGUAUUCAACAGCACCAGCGCGCUCUUCUCCGUCGACGUGUGGCUGGUGUUCCGUCCAAACGCUCACGAGCGUGAGGUGAUGGUCGUCAGCCGAGCCUGUAUCUUCGUCCUCAUGCUGCUCAGCAUCUCCUUGUUACCCGUGCACCAGCAGUCUCCAGGGGGGCAGCUCUGGGAUAUCGUCCAAUCAGUGAGCGCGUACUGUUGCACGCCUGUCAGUGUCAUCAUGAUUAUGUCUAUCCUGUCGAAGCAGACCACAGAGGCGGUAUGGCAAUAA